AGUUUAGAAAAGCUCAAUGUAUUAAUUUAGUCAGUUAUGCUGCUAAAAAUGAUGGCAGAGGUCGGCAUUGCACAGCACGCUCAAGGGGAGGCGCUGCACGAGCAAGAACUGUCGUGAGUGACGUCAUGCAAACCCAUCAGUCGCAGUUGCGGAAGCACAAACCUGUUUCUUCUCCGAGUCUUGUCCGUUGGAAGGCUGUCAUUAUUUUUCUGCAUAUACUUGGCUAUUCACAGACUAACAAGAUAAAGACAUUCAGUUAACAGGGGGCCAUGGAGUCGCAUGGCAAAGAGGAACUUAAAGGGCCCGUGCUGCACAUCGUCGUGGUUGGAUUUCAUCACAAAAAGGGUUGUCAGGUGGAGUUUUCCUAUCCUCCUCUCCUUCCCGAUGAGGGCCAUGACAGCAAUGCCCUGCCAGAGGAGUGGAAGUACCUCCCCUUCCUGGCCCUGCCUGAUGGAGCACACAACUUCCAAGAGGACACAAUUUAUUUCCAUUUACCACCCCGAGAUGGAGAGAUGAAAUGUGUCUACGGUGUUUCUUGUUACAGACAGAUAGAAGCAAAGGCACUGAAGGUGCGACAGGCAGAUGUUACCAGGGAGACGGUGCAGAAGAGCGUGUGUGUCCUCAGUCGAGUGCCUCUGUAUGGCCUCCUGCAAGCGAAGUUACAGCUCAUCACACAUGCAUACUUUGAGGAAAAAGACUUCUCCCAGAUAUCUAUUUUAAAGGAACUGUACGAGCAUAUGAACGGCUCUCUGCGGAACACUCCUUCAGAUGGCUCACAGGUUUACCUGGGGCUGUCUCCGAGAGAUUUAAUAUUACACUUUCGACACAAGGUCCUAAUUCUUUUUAAACUCAUUCUUCUGGAGAAGAAGGUGCUGUUUUAUGUGUCUCCUGUGAGUACAUUGGUUGGAGCCCUCAUGACUCUCCUAUCCCUCUUUCCUGGCAUGAUCGAGCACGGCUUGGCAGACUCGUCCCACUACAGGCCGCGGAGCAGCGUGUCAGAGGACCCCCCUCUGAUCCCCACGCUGGUAGAGGGGACGGUGCCGGGGGCCGAGGAGUUUGUCUCCGUGUCCGUCACAGACAUCGCAAACGCCACCCGCGAGCUAGAGGAGGCAGCGAUCACCGCAGACGCCCCAGCACCAGCACCAGAGCUGGACCAGCUGUCUCCCUCCACCCCUGCGAAAGAAGACUCCCACCUCCUCAGGCCCCCUCAGCGGCCCUCCCCAGACUCCUCCGAGAGCGACUGGGAGACGCUGGACCCCAGCGUGCUGGAGGAGGGUCAGCAGAAGGAGGAUGCCGAGGGCGGUGGGAAGGGAGCUGGAGAAGGGGAUAGACCCCAGGAUAGUGGGGCUUUUGAGCCCAGUCUGCCCAUCACGGUGCAGCCGCAGUCCAGCGCAGGCGGCCAGGUGGUCACCCAGGGCCUGGUCUCAGGACUGGACGAGGACCAGCACGGCCUGCCUCUGGCCAUAUUCACCAAGGGUUACCUGUGUUUGCCGUACAUGGCCCUGCAGCAGCACCAUCUGCUCUCUGAUGUCACAGUGCGCGGCUUCGUUGCCGGUGCAACCAACAUCCUCUUCCGUCAGCAGAGGCACCUGAGUGACGCCAUAGUGGAUGUGGAGGAGGCGCGUAUCCUGAUCCACGACCCCGAGCUGCGGCGACUGCUGAACCUGAGCACGGCUGACCUGCGCUUCGCAGACUACCUGGUGAAGCACGUGACGGAGAACCGCGAGGACGUCUUCCUGGACGGCACGGGCUGGGAGGGCGGAGACGAGUGGAUCAGAGCCCAGUUUAACCUCUACGUGCUCUCACUGCUCUCCUCAACGCUGCAGCAGGAUAACGAGAAGCUGCUGGCCGACUAUGGAGCUCCGUUUGUUUCCGCCUGGAAGAUCACACACAACUUCCGAGUUUGGUACAGCAACAAGCACCCGGCCAUGGCGGAAAUCACCCCCGGCCAUCCUUUCCUGGGCCAGUACAGUGUGGCUGACAUGAAGCUGCGUCUCUCACACAAUGUACAAAAUAGUGAGCGCGGGAAGAAGAUCGGCAACGCAGUCAUGACCACCAGCCGGAGCGUUGUCCAGACCGGGAAGGCUGUUGGUCAGUCUGUAGGUGAGGCCCUGACCAGUGCUAAGUCGGCCAUGUCCUCGUGGUUCUCCACUCUGGCCCAGCAGCCUGCUGUAGCAGCCUCUCCCACCCAGAGCCCAGAGCCCUCUGUGGCCGAGUGAUCCAUUAUUAGGCUGACACAACCGUUAUUCUCGAACUUUUGAUCAUCCUCCAGUGUGGUGUGUGAGUGAAUGGGCCCCUGGUUCCCGAAAAAGCAGUCCAGAGACACACAGGGGAUCACCCCCCUCCAGAUGAAGAUCCACAGAGCUCUAAACAGUGCUGUGGUUUGGUUUUAUGGAAUAUCAGGAUUAAGCCCCUGCAACUGAAUUCUCAGUAUUUGAGCAGCCAUUGGCUACUGCGAUCCCUUUUCCAUCGAUCACUGGCUCACUAUCUCUUAUUAUCAUAGUGGUUUGGGAUACACAUAAUCAAAAUCAGUCCGAGUCUCCCCACGAAGUCACACUAAUAAUACAGAACAGUAUGUCCACUUUAUGGUACCAGCUCCAUGUCUUCAUGCUUUUAUAGUAACUGAGAACUUCUACUCAUUGUGUGUAACCAUGGCCAUCAUCUACUUUUUAAUCAGGCACUACGGAUGGCACGUACUCAUGGCCCAGAUCAUCAUUCUGUUCUUAAAUUGAUAGGAUUGGAGUAUCAUAAUGCAACAUCCACAUCCAAGUCGUGUGUGUCUGUAUGUAUCUGUGUGUGUGUGUGUGUGUGUGUGUGCGCGUGUGUGUGUGUGUACUUUAAGUUGUUUGCUGCAGGAAGUGGAACAUCCAAAUGAACACUUCCUUCAACUUCAUGGGCUGGAUCUAUCUAGCUGUUGUGAUUUAGCUGUUUUACGUGAGGUCUUUUUACUUAAGAAAUUCCCUGCCAUACCCUGCAAAUGCAGUUUAGCUGUCACGGUAUUAAAAAAUCCCUUGUACUGUACAUGUACCUCUUCUUUAAAUGCUGGUCACGGUCAUGAUGUAUCUUGGUUAAAGAUGACACUACACAGUCAAGGAUAUCUUUGGGCUAAACUGGAUUGGCCCUUUAUCUCUUUCAGUUGAGGAUGUCCGAGUAGCCUUGCACUGCUGGAGGGAUGUCCACAAUCUUACACAGGCGUUAAAUUCACAACAUCAAUAUUUAAAUAGUUAUUUAAGAGGUCUUUAACGCCGAUUUGGAAAAAAAAAUGUCCACACCAGUCAUCAGUGUCAGUCUUUUCUGAGUGUCACCUGUAGUCUCGUCAGCAUCCUUGCCAGCCUCAUUUACAGUACGUGUGGAGUUAGUGAUUUGUGUGGUGGUGUCUGAUUGGGAGCUUGGGGUUCCGAGGUAGAUUGCAUUCUGUUUAAGUGUGUACAUGUUGGCAUGUGCCUGAGGUCAGCUCUUUCCUGCAUUUCCCCCCUCCAUGUUUUUCCUACUGUAAUUUGGACAGUGUACAUUGUUAUCCUGUAUCCAUAAAUGAAGGACUGAGAAUUAGAAGAUGGACCUCUUUAGAUAUAGUGUGCAGACAUGUAAUGCAUUUACCUCUUGUAUUUCAAUUUUUUACUACAUUGGCAUGUUUGGUUUACACCCCAUCAAAACUAAAUUGAUUUUGCAAGAAUGCUUAACAGACCCUGGAUUGAGUUCAUGGAGAUUGACUGUGUACUGUAUGUAUGUUUGUACGUAUUACCAUUUAAUUUAACUGAUGCUCUACUUUUUUCACGUUUUCCCUGGACCAGUCACCAGUGUCAGUGUUGAUGCUGGUAACACAGCUGUAUUGGCUAUUUUAUCAUUAUGUAUGUAUGUAUGUAUGUAUGUAUGUAUGUAUGUAUGUAUGUAUGUAUACCUAUACUCAAGCAAGAGAUGUGUUAUUUCUCAAAACUAUUUUCCUGAUAAAUGCUUUUUAAGUAAUAAGACAAAAGAAUAAGGUAAUAACUGCUGUAUUAAAGAAUAAUAAUUGUAA